UGUGCACGUUGACUCGUCAUGAUGAAGCUGAUUCUGUCUCUGACUCUCAUCGGGAUGCUCUGCAGCACAGCUGCAGCUCUUCAGUGUCGUGAUGAUGCAACCGGUGGACUCAAAACCUGUGCAGACGGAGAACUGUGUGCAACAAUUGCCGUACAAGUCUCUGUUCCAGGCAACUUUCAGACAAGGUUUUGUGCGCCGUCUUCACUCUGCAACCCAAACAACCAGACAUAUUCCUUCAACUUUGGCUCUUCUAACGGGACUGCAUCUGUUUACUGCUGCAGCACAAACAGCUGCAACAGUCAGGAUGUGCCCUACCCUGUUCCUCCAGUGAACAAAGAGCUGAAGUGCUACGUCUGUAACAACUGCAAUGAGACGGUCCAGUGUCAGGGGUUCGAGGACCGCUGCCUCAGUGGGACCGCGGCGAAUGGAAACACCAUCCACAAAGUCUCUGGCUGCGUCUCCAGGAACCUGUGUAAAGUCUCUGCGCUGCCUUUCCCGCCGUCCAACCUGAACUUCACCCAAACACCAAAAUGCUGUGACACCAGUCUGUGUAAUUCAGCCGGCAUGUUCACGCUGAGCGCUGUUCCUCUUUUGAUCGGACUCAUUCUGCUUGUUGCCUUUUAGAACAAAGAUCAGUAUGGAGGUAGAUUAGUGCCAAAAUGUUCAAACAACACUUCUUCAAAUUCAAACGAAAAAAUAUUAAUCAGAAUAUCAAAUACAAAAUUUAAACAAACAAAAAAUAAAGUCAAAGACAAAAUUCAAAUCUU